GAGAGAGAGAGAGAGAGAGAGAGCAGGGGACAGGGGUAUGAGAGAUGAGCGAUAACGCGGGACUGCUGUAGGGUCUCACCGGACGGACUCAUCAGGUCACUGUAGUCCAACCCCGACACCAAGGACACACGUUGACCAGCAGUGCACGCGCGAGUGAGUUCAUUAAAGAGACUGUACACUAACUCACAUGCUGUGUUCCGCGAGCUCUGCUAAAGGUGAACACUCUUUAAGGUGUAUAGGGUUUCCAGCCUGGUAAACCGAGAUCUUUUAGAUUUCUUCCUCACUGUUUGACGCUGACCUGUUCUUCGGGUUGCUUGGAACAGCAAGAGACAUGGACAUAUCGGACACACCGGACACACCGGCGCGGAUCGAAACCCAGUACAGGAGAGCGAGCCAAAGCUCCACAAGCUUUCGGAAUAGGAGAAGAUGGACUCUUUUCUCUAUCCGGAGGAACAGUUUUCUCGCCAUCGCGAUCUUCUGCACGAACGUGCUGUGUGUGCAGUCCUCACCUCUGCACUUUUCCAAAGAGCCCCAGUCUCAGGAUGCACUGCAUGGUCGCAGUGCCAUGCUGCGCUGUGAGGUCAGUGAAGGGACUGGUGUGCAAUACUCGUGGCUGCAGGACGGCCAGCCAGUGCAGGACUCCGAGCGACGCUUCAUGGAGGAUGGAAACCUCAAAUUUACUGCAGUGGAUCGGCAUCUCGACACAGGCAACUUCCAAUGUGUAGCCAAAAGCUUGACCACUGCGGAGGAGGCCAGGUCCAUCAACGCUUCCUUCAACAUCAAGUGGCUCGACAAUGGCCCGGUGACUCUGAAAGAACCUGACUCUGUGGAGGAGAUCGAUGAUGCUGAACAAAUCGUAUUUCUGUGCCAGGUUAAUGGACACCCAAGGCCGAACAUUAAAUGGUACAAAGACGGAGUAUUGCUGACAGUAAGGGAGAAGAGCCUCACUCUGAGAAGACCUGUCCCUGGAGAUUCAGGCACAUAUAGCUGCUGUGCACGCAACGGAGCCGGCCAACUCUGCAGCAACUCCAACUUCACCCUCAACAUUAUAGAUAAGACGAUUCCUCGUGUGCUUGUGGCUCCAAAGGAUCAGGUGGUGCUGAAGAAUGAAGAGGCCGUGUUUCACUGUCAGUUCUCCGCCAAACCCCCACCUGUAGUCGAGUGGUUCCACGAGUCAGAGCCUGCAACCACCAAGCCACGGGUUGUAGUGUAUGAUAACGGCACACUGCACAUCUCUCACGUGAAGCCUCGUAAUACAGGCCGCUACACUUGUGUGGUUCACUAUGGAACUGAUAAGCAGGUGCAGGUGGAAGCCACUCUGCACAUCGCUGAGAUCGAAGAGAUGGGUGGCAGGGUUUAUAAAUAUUUCUCUGCCAACAACAUUGAACGGCUAACGUGUUCGCCUCCACGGGGUCACCCCGAGCCUGAGGUGUGGUGGGAGAAGGAUGGUGUCCGAGUGGCCGACGAAGGCCGGGUGCACCAACAGGAUGGAGACCUGAUCUUUGGUCCCUCUGUGGUUGGAGACUCAGGAACGUACGUGUGCAUGGCACAGAAUAAGGCGGGUCAGAGGCGGCAGGAAUUCAGCAUCACUGUAGCGGGUCCCCCAGAAUGGGUCACUAAACCUCAGGACACUGAGAUGGAGGAGGGACAGCCUGGGUACCUGCACUGCCAUGUCCAGGCCACGCCCCCUGCCCAGGUCACCUGGUACAGAAACAUGCAGGAGAUCAGCGAGGAGAAAUCUCAGUUUAAAAUCUUUCCAAAUGGGACUUUAAGGAUAAACAGUGUGGAGGUAUAUGAUGGAGUGGUCUAUAACUGCUUAUGCAGGACUGCAGGUGGUAUCCUAAAUGGACAGGCCAAGGUCAACAUACUCGAGAAGUUGAAGUUCACCCCUACUCCCCAGUCCCCUCAGUGUCUGCAGCUGGAUAAAGAAGCCAGUGUUCAGUGCUCUGCUACGGGUCGAGAGACUCCCACUAUACACUGGAACAAAGCAGAUGGUAGCGCUAUCCCUUCACAUGUAAAGCAAAUCAAUGGAUCUCUGCAGUUUGAGAAAGUGAGACGGAGUGAUGCGGGGAACUACACUUGUGUAGCCAGUAACCGUCCCCAGGGAGAGAUCAGAGCCUAUGUCUCUCUCACUGUAGGAGUGUAUACAGAGUUUAAGGUGGAACCAGAGUACACUACAGUGUAUCAGGGUCACACAGCAACACUGCACUGCCAGGCUACUGGAGAUCCGCAGCCCUACAUCCAGUGGAUAGUCAAAGACAAACCGUUGUCUGUUAGCACCAACAGAUUUCAAGAGAUGCCCAAUGGCUCUCUUAUGAUCAGCGAUGUCACGACUGCUGACACAGGGAAGUACACUUGCAUCGCUGGCAACAGCUGUGGCAUCAGACAUCGAGUUGCACAGCUCUACGUCGUAGAGAAACCAAAGCCUGGUCGAGAAAAUGAAGAAGGGAAAACACCAUAUAAGAUGAUCCAAACAAUUGGCCUCUCUGUGGGGGCAGCUGUUGCCUACAUCAUCGCCGUGCUCGGCCUUAUGUUCUACUGCAAGAAGAGACGCAAUGCCAAGAGACUGCAGAAAGGACAGGAUGGUGAAGAGCCGGAGAUGGAGUGCCUUAACGGAGGUGCUAUGCAGCACAACGGCCAAACUACAGCUGAGAUCCAGGAAGAAGUGGCUCUUACUAACCUAGAGGCUGUAUCUACAGCUGAAAAACACCAUAGCAGCACAGACAGGUUCCACUUCCCCAGAGCAGACCUGCAGACCAUCACUACACUAGGCAAAGGGGAGUUUGGUGAGGUGUUCUUGGCCAAAGCGCGUGGGAUUGAGGAGAGUGAAGAACAGACUGUGGUUCUGGUGAAGAGUCUGCUGAGCAGAGACGAGCUCUCGCAGGCUGAGUUCAAGCGGCAGGUCGACAUGUUCAGUAAACUGAAUCACACCAACGUUGUGCGCCUGCUUGGCCUCUGCAAAGACACCGAACCCCAUUACAUGAUUCUGGAAUAUAUAGACCUGGGUGAUCUCAAACAGUUCUUGACGAUAUCGAAAAGCAAUGAUGAGAAACUCAAAGCGCAGCCUAUCAGCACCAAAACCAAAGUGUCCAUUUGUGCCCAAGUGGCUGCUGGAAUGGAGCACUUGUCCAGCCAGCGUUUUGUCCAUAAAGACCUGGCAGCCCGGAACUGCCUAAUUAGCGGAGAGAGACAUGUCAAGGUUUCUGCACUUGGCCUGAGCAAAGACGUCUACAACAGUGAGUAUUACCACCACAGGCAGAGUUUGAUCCCUUUGCGCUGGCUACCUGCAGAGUCUGUCUUUGAAAAUGAUUUUUCCACCAAAUCUGAUGUGUGGGCUUUUGGUGUGCUGAUGUGGGAAGUGUUCAGCCAUGGUGAGCUGCCGUACUCCACACUGAGCCACGAGGACGUACUCGAAGGUCUCCAAGCUGGCACGCUGAAGCUUUCUGCUCCCGAGGCCUGUCCUUCUAAAGUCUACAAACUGAUGAGUCGUUGCUGGGCUCCCAGUCCCAAAGAGCGGCCAUCUUUUAAUGAGCUAAUCCAGGCUCUGAAAGAAAUUCCAUUGGACAGCAAAGUGUGAGGACUACAUCGGCUCCUACUUCCACCUGGUUUGGUGGAGCCACGUCUGUCCUGUUCUGCUCUGCUACAAUCACAGACUCGCUCAGACUGGGUCCCACACAUUUCAGGGAGCAAGUGUGUAUGAGUGAAAAAAACAGGGACAUUGAUAUCAGGGCAAUGUGUGUAUGUGUAAACGUGUGAGUAUAUGAGUGUGAGGACCCCAGAAACUUCUAUCUGCCUUAAUCAUGGCAUUAAACGCUGUUGACCAUUCAAUUUCAAUGGCCUGUUUAUGCUUUUAAUCUUCAGCUCUGUCUCUUUUCUACCCUGAGAUCUCCUUCUCUAUUUCUGGAGCCUCAGUCAAUGUUCAAGGGGUACGAUCUUUGAACUUGAUCUUUUACCUCUGCUAGCGCAGGACAAUCCAACCCCGAUCGGGGCAAAACCCACAAUGUGGCUCCUGAAAAUAAUGCUGGACUCUGCAUUCGAUGCUCAGCUAUUGGACUUGAAGUUGAUAUGUGUAUCAUUACGUGUCAGAAUGUGUGUGUGUGUCCUUGUGUGUGCUUUUUUUAGUUUUGCAAUGUGGAUCGGUGUGUAAGUCGAACAGAGCAAAGUUUGCCAUGUAGGGAGAUGGCCUGUUACAUCUCGGAGCUCCAGAAUAAAUGAAUACUUCUAGUAUAUGUUUUGUACACAUCGAAGGGCAAGGAGAGUUAGAGAUGUUUUAUUACAAUUGUACUUUUUUAUUUUUUUAAUAUUUGCCUUUUUUACCUUGUGGUGCUCAUAUGGGACAAUAAUAUUUUGAUGGAGAGAACUUGCAAUACAUCUUAUUGCCUACAAGCCUAAAGCCAUGUCGAACAAUGUAUUCAAGAUUUCUGCAUAGCGAUAUUUAUAACCACCUCACUGUAUUACUGCUUGGCAAAGUCCCUGUUACGUUCACUUAUACCAACACCAUGCACUAAUUUCACUUAAACUCUUGUUUUAUAUAAUUGUUUAUUUCAGUGUAGAAGGAUGUGUGUGAGCCUUUAUUAUGAUGAAGGUUCUGUCUUUUUUAUUUUAUAUAUAUAUAUGUUUUUAAUGGAAAGGUACUCUAAGAUACUUUUAUACGAUUAUGUACUCCACUUAUUAUAACGUCUUAUUUUGCAGUUUGGAAAGUGUUGUAAGGCAGCUGAGAGUUUCAGUGGUCACCAUCAAUAUUAAUGGCCACAAGUGCCUAAGACAUGAAGGAUUAUAGAUAACUUAGUUUUCAGUUUAUUUUCAGUACAGUUGCUUUGUUUGUUUGUUUUUUUUAUGAUCUGUUUCAUAUCUAAUCUUUUCAUAUGUUAUAAAAAAUUCUUUACA